AUGGAGUCAGCUCCUGAGGAGGCCCGACCGGCGGACUCCCGCCCUUCUCCGCACGAUGAUAUCACCCCCAGCACUACGGAACAACAUGACUCCAAUCACAGCUCCCACCCCAGCCCACACGCUGAUGAUCCGAUAGAUGGCCCCACAGAUGACACGAGAUCUCCGUCGCAGACAUCAGGACACUCAAGAGCCGUUUCUGGUGUCGUCCCUCCAUACUGGCAACGGCAUGACCGCACUAUCUCCCGCGCAUCACAGACCUCACUUGCCCGGUCAGCGAUGAUCACGUUGGAGGAUCAUACGGCUGAUCCGGAAUGCGAAACGAGUAGAGGCUUGUGGGCGCAAAGUGUCUUGAUUGAGGAUCAUGUUGUUGUGCAGGGGAAGACGGGGGUGGGAGCUUAUGUUGUAUGGAAUUGCAGGAUCCAGACAUUGGAUGGAGGUCCAAUGGUUGUUCGUAUGAGGUAUUCUGAGUUUGACGAUCUGCGACAACGGCUUGUUUCUUCUUUCCCGCAUGCGAAGAGUGCUCUACCUGCUCUUCCUCCGAAGAGCGUAUUUUACAAAUUCCGGCCCAGUUUUCUAGAACAGCGGCGAGUUGGCCUGGAAUAUUUCCUCAAUUGUGUGCUUUUGAAUCCCGAGUUCUCAAGCUCACCUGUCGUCAAAGACUUCCUCUUUGGUCGACUUUCUUAG